AUGCUCCUUCCCACCCGUCAGAUGGGCAAAAACGGCCCCCAUGUCACAGCACUCGGCCUCGGGCUAAUGGGCUUGAGCGUCGGGUACGGGAAGCCACGGUCGGACGCCGAGAGGCUUGCGUUUUUGGAUCAUGCGUACAACCUUGGCGAGACCAACUGGGACUCCGCCGACAUAUACGGCGACAACGAAGACCUUUUGGGCAAGUGGUUCGCCGCGAACCCCGAGAAGCGGCCUGACGUCUUCCUCGCAACCAAGUUUGCCUACAGGGUCACGUCUGCCGGAACUCUCGACACCGACUCGUCCCCCGAAUACGCGAGGCAAGCGCUCGACGCCUCCCUGAGACGCCUCCGAGUCUCUUGCGUGGACCUCUACUACUGCCACCGCCUCGACGGCAAGACGCCCGUCGAGAAGACCGUGCAGGCCAUGGCCGAGCUGCAGCGAGAGGGCAAAACUCGACUCAUCGGGCUCAGCGAAUGCAGCGCCGAAAGCCUGCGCCGCGCCUGCAACGUCGCCCACGUCGACGCCGUGCAGGUCGAGUACUCGCCCUUCGCCCUCGACCCGGAGCGGCUUGGCCUGGUGCACGCCUGCCGCGAGCUCGGCGUCGCCGUCGUCGCCUACUCGCCCCUCGGCCGCGGCAUGCUGAGCGGCGCGUAUCGGUCCCGUGACGAUUUCGACGCAGCCGACUACAGGCUCUCCACCCCGCGCUUCAGCGAGGAGAACUUCCCCAAGAACCUGCUGCUGGUCGAGAAGGUGGAAGAGCUGGCUAGGCUGAAGCGCGUCACGCCGUCGCAGCUGACGCUGGCGUGGUUGAUGGCCCAGGGCGAACACGUCAUCCCCAUCCCCGGCACGAGCAGGGAGACGAGGCUGGAGGAAAACCUCUCCGCGCUGAAAAUUCAUCUGACGCCUGAAGAGGUCGACGCAAUCAGGAGGACGUCCGAGGAAGCAGAAGUACAUGGCGACCGGUAUCCCCAAGAUGCCGCCGGUGCUCUUUUCGCAGACACCCCGCCACUUUAG